AUGGCUAAGAUGGUGCCUGGUCCAAAAGGUGAUAAAGGAGAUACCGGUCCUCAAGGUCCUAGGGGUGAUAAAGAUGACAUUGGUGUUAGAAGUCGAAAAGGUGAUCAAGGGGACACUGGAGCACAAGGACCUAAGAGUAAUGAAGGUGAUACAGGACCACAGGGGCCAUCUGGUAGUGGUGAUUUUGCAGACCUUUUAACUGUUUUAUUAUUCCAUGGAACUCAGAUAAUCACAGGUACUUUGAAUAUGAACAGCGAAAACGUUGUUAAUCUUGAGGAUCCAUCAGGUGCAACAGAUUCCAAUAAUAAAAAGUACGUUGACACCACCGAAAACAACAUACUGAAUGGCUCUAAGACUUUCCAGGGUGAUAUAGACGUGAAUAACAACGGUAUUAAGAACUUGCAUGCACCCACUUCAAAAACUGAUGCUGUUAAUAAGAUAUAG